UUUUAGGGGCGUCUCCUACAUGAUCGGUUUAGCAGACUGAUGAGAGUUGGUGAGAGUUGGUUGUCAGUUUGAUUGUUGUUGGUGAGUUUGGUUGUCAAUUUGAUUCUUGUAAGUAUUGAUGAUCCGGUUCAGUUGAAAGUUCAAUCGAUCAUGACGCAACUCUGUGAAUCGAGGACAAACGGAAAGAGGGGGCUCCAACCUGUCUUUUGAGCUGUAUUUCGUUUUUCUUUUUACCCUUCUUUCAUGUUCAAAUUUCAAUGGAGGAGCACGAUUGUGUCCCUCCCCUACACUCUACUGAGAGGUGAAAGGCAGAGGAGGGUGGAACUGGGUUUCAGGUUAUUACCUUUAAGUAUCUGCUGUCUCUCUGCCGACUGUAAUAAAAGUUCGGGCGGACUCUCUCCCUAGUCAGUUUACCACGAAACAAGAGAGAGAUGGAGGAGGAGAAGAUCGAUAUGGUGAUCUUUGGUGCCUCAGGCUUCACGGGGAAGUACGUGGUGAGGGAGGUCCUCCGAUUCCUUAACUCCCCACCUCAUGCUCUCACCACAAUUGGUCUCGCCGGCCGGAAUCCAGCCAAGGUGGAGGCUGCCCUCAGGUGGGCAACGGCCCCUUCUCCGCCGCCUCCCUUGCCCAUCUUCAAGGCCGACGUCUCAGAUCCCUCCUCCCUCUCUUCCCUUUGCCGGAGGGCCAGACUCCUUCUCAACUGCGUCGGACCCUAUCGCCUCUACGGCGAGCCUGUCGUCGCCGCCUGCGUCGAGGCCGGGACGGACUACCUGGACAUAACAGGGGAACCGGAAUUCAUGGAGCGGAUGGAGGCGAAGUACCGGGAAAGGGCCGCCGAGACCGGUGCACUCGUUGUCUCCGCUUGCGGGUUUGACUCGAUCCCUGCGGAAAUGGGCGUCCUCUUCAAUUCCCGUCAAUGGGUACCUCCUUCUUUGCCGCAUAGUGUCGAAGCCUACCUGGUUCUGGAGUCCGAGAAGCGGAUCGUGGGGAACAUCGCCACCCUGGAAUCAUCGGUCUUGGGAUUGGCCAACGUCGAGGAGUUACAAAAACUGAGGAGGUCGCGGCCGAAGCCUCCAAAACUCCAGAUUCCAGGCCCACCACCAAAUAAGGGAGGCUCGCUUGAGCAUCACAAUACACUAGGACUUUGGGCUGUGAAAUUGCCAUCAGCUGAUACUGUUGUUGUCAAAAGGACACUCACAACGUUGGCAGAGAACCCACAUGGUCUCCCUGGAGUUAAUGAAAGUGAAGAGCAUAUCCAGAAGAGAACAAAUUUCUGGUCCACGGUUAGACCAGUCCAUUUUGGUGUUAAGAUGGGAUUUAAGUCCUUCUGGGCUGUUGCUCGUACUAUUUUUGUUGGGGUUAUCAUUGGCCUUCUUUCAAAAGUGCAGAUUGGUCGCAAUCUUUUAGUGAACUACCCAGAAAUUUUCACACUGGGUUGGUUCAGACGAACAGGACCAACAGAAGAAGAGGUAAGAAGUGCCACCUUCAAAAUGUGGUUCGUGGGACAUGGAUACAGUGAUGAAAGCAAGCUUAGGGGAAAACCAGACAAGCAAAUUAUAACCAGAGUUUCAGGACCUGAAAUUGGGUAUGCAACAACUCCUAUAGCUUUGGUGCAGUGUGCCCUCAUUCUACUUGAACAGCGUGGCAACCUACCAAAGGGUGGUGUUUUUACCCCUGGUGUCAUUUUCGGGCCAACCAAUCUAGAAGAUUGUCUCCAAGAAAAUGGGAUCUCAUUUGAUCUGAUAUCUGGAGAUAAAAGAUCUCGGCCGGCAUUCAGGACAAAUAAAGUUGGACGAGAACAUGUAGGAGAAGCAAUCUGUGUCCUAAAUUUUGGUGCAGCAGAAAUGAUGUCGAAUUUUCUUCAUUCCAAACCAAUUGUCUAGAUAAUUAUGUCGAACCCUCUUGUGUGUUUCAAUUGGCUUUGAAACUCAUAGCAAUAGCUAACUUAUUCUCAUAAUGCUUGACGUCAUGGGGUUUUAUCGUUUAAUUGCAGACUUGA